CACACACACGCACGUCCACACACACACACACACACACACACUAGCAUGGAUUCGAGGACUUAGCUGCUCUGAUUUUCUGCAAAAGACUUUAUAAACUUUAACAUAUAUACAGCCUUAUCACUUCCAUCAUCACCACCACCACCAUCAUCAGGGCAGGAAGUUGUCAUGGAUCCUGGAGACUGGAUUCCUGAUGAUGUCGCCCAGUGGCUGGAUCAGAUCGGAAUUCACCAGCACCAGCAGUCUCUGGACCUGCUGUAUGGUGAAGUUGCUCAGCUGUUUGGUGUGUGCCCGUACCCAACAGCGCCCCCUGCCUUGGGCGCCAGUAUGCGCAGCUCGGAGGACGGCGUCUCAGGAACCGUUCUCCAGCGGCUGAUGCAGGAACAUCUACGCUACGGGACUGGAGGGACCGUGGGAGGCUCAGAAAACGACAGCAUCAUUGGCGUCCCUCACAUGCUAUCGCCUAGCAACCCUGUCUCCACUGAGAACCUGCUUCUUGAAGAGGAUGGGCACCUGGUACCAUUCUGUCAACCGGUGCCACCUCAGACCCAGCCAAGGCAGGAGCCCCAAGGGCAGGAACAUCAGGUGGAUUCCUGCUCAAUGGAGAAGAAUGGAGGCCAGAAUAGUGGAGGAAGUGUCCAGGGAACUCUCAGUGUACCUGGACUUGGUAACCUGGAACUUCCAUCUUAUGAGGAAGCUAAGACCCAAUCACAGCUUUUUAGAGGUCAACACAGUCAGAAUGACCAGCAGAUAACUUCUCAAAGUUUGGGUUAUACACAUGCAAGUCUACAAAACUCUAACCAGACUGUCCAGAACAAUGCACAUCUAAGCCAGAACCUCCAGAGCCAAGCUAGCCUCAAGACAAACCAGCAGAACCUCAUAAGUCAACAUCAGGGUCCACAAACCCAACAGCAACAAUACUACAAUCCAACUAGCACCAGUUCCUGUCCUCCUUCUCUCUCUUCUGCUCCGUCACUCUCCUCUCCUCCUUCCCUUUCUUCUUCUUCUUCCUGUCUCUCAGCUGUACCAAUGAAGGCUCGUGUGGAAGGCCGGGCUUGGGUCCAGCGAGGUUUUAUAGGGGUUACCCCUCCACGAGAUGAAGGUUUGGCUGAACUGAAGGAGGGACACGUUCGCUCCCUUAGUGAACGUAUCAUGCAGCUCAGUCUGGAGCGCAAUGGCGCCAAGCAAAGCAGGGGUCCAUCUUCACCGAGCCCAAAAGAAACCUCAGAAAGACCUGAAAACUCACCUUCUCCGAUCAGCAAAAGCAGCAAAACUACAGCCCCACCUCCGCCACCACCUUUACCUUCUAUCAAAACUUCUCUGGACCAUCGAGGUCCACCUCCGGAGUACCCUUUUAAACUUAGAACUCAGUCAGUGUACCCAUCCAGUAUAAGUCCUGGUCCACAAUCACUAGAGCUUUCAAAUGAACCUUCCCUUACCUCCAGUCUAAUUCCACACCAAGUGGCUCUACCCCAGUACCAGCCUCAAUCUCCGAUCCAGCUCCAGAGCCAUCCUGGACAGCUUGUACCUGGAGAUACAUUUGCGAUGGUCAGCCAAGCUCAGCAGAUGCUGGCAGUCCUCAGUGAAGAAAACCAGAGACUCAGACAGGAGGUACUGACCCAAUCCGAGAAAGCCAGCAAGCUGCAACGGCUGGAGGCUGAAGUGGGUCGUCUCUCGGAUGCAUAUGAGAGUCUGGUGAAGAGCUCCUCAAAACGGGAGUCCCUGGACAAGACCAUGCGGCUCAGACUGGAGGGGGAGAUCAGACGCCUGCAUGACUUCAACCGGGAUCUGAGAGACCGCUUGGAAACAGCUAAUCGACAACUGGCCAAUCAGGAGGCAGAGGGGCAAGAGGACAGCCGGCUUUAUCUAAACGAGAGAAGGGAAAGUAUAAAAGAGAUGGAGCGGUUGGAGAUGGAGGCGGAUACCCUUCGCUCAGCCAGCGAGGAUCAGCGGCGUCAUAUUGAGAUUCUGGAACAGGCUCUAAAUAAUGCCCAGAGCAAAGUGGUCAGACUGGAGGAGGAGUUGGGGAAGAAGCAGGUAUAUGUGGAGCGAGUGGAACGGCUGCAGUUGGCUCUGGGCCAGCUCCAGGCCGCCUGUGAGAAGCGAGAACAGCUAGAGAAACGCCUCAGAACCCGAUUGGAGAGGGAACUAGAGGCACUGAGAUCACAACAGCGUGCUGGUGUGGGAAUGGCCCUUCCUGCAGCGUGUGAGUCAAGCGCCCCAGCGCUGCUGGACCUGCUGAGGGAGAGAGAGGAGAGAAUUCUGGGACUGGAGGCUGAUAUGAUGCGCUGGGAGCAGAAGUAUUUAGAGGAGAGUGCCAUGAGACAGUUUGCUAUGGAGGCAGCAGCUACAGCUGCAGCACAGAGGGACACAACCAUUAUCCAGCAUUCUCGCAGUGGCAGUUACAGUGAUGGUUGUCUAUGGCAACAUGAAGGAGAUGAUAAAACACACAGCCGCCGGUGUCAGGACAUCGAGACCAGGAUGAAAGAUCUGCAUGCUCAGCUUUUAGAGAAGGAUGCAAUGAUUAAAGUCCUGCAACAGCGUUCCCGCAGAGACUCCGCCCCCUUACGCCCCGCCCGCUCUACACCCUCCAUCGCCAUAGCAACAGGCCUCCAUUCCCGCCAAACAUCACGCACAGAGAGAGGAGAACUGCAGAGCUGGAAGGGGAGCGCUAGUGUGCUGCUGGGGAAAGAAAGCAUGGAGCAUCUUCCUCCCGCCGUCCCUUCUUUCUCUGCCUCCCUUUCAUCUCUGCCUCCCUCCCUCUCUUCAUCCCUCGCUCCCUCUCUCUCAUCUUCCCUCCCGCCUUCUCUCUCCUCCUCCCUCGCUCCCUCGUUCCCUCUGCCCUCGUCCUCCACUCUCCCUCUCUUGUCCUGCUCUCUCCCUCUCUCAUCUUCCUCUGCCACUCUUCCCCUCCCCUCUACCCUCCCUCCGCUGCCACCUCCGCUCUCCUCCUCUCUGCCCUCCACUCCUCUGCUCUCCCUCCAUUCUAAAUCAGCCAGCAGAGACAGCAGCACCCAAAUGGGGCGGAACCCCGAAAUCCUCAGAACCACGCCCCCUACAGGCCGAGCUAAGUCAGGGAAGACAGAUUCUCUACCCACUCAGACAAAGCCUCCAGAGUAUCCAGCUGUACCAGCUUCGGGGCAGAAGAUCAGGCUGCCGGACUCUGACCUGGUGGAGAUUCUGAUCUAACAACAAAACCCAGAAAACCAAAACGUUGAAAGCAGAGAAAACAGAACUCUACACUGGAAGAGAGAGAGAGUGAUGCCCUGGCAUGGUCAUGCCAUUAAAACUGACUGAAUUUAAUUGGAUUAAGAGGGAGAGAGAAAGCGAGAGAGAGAUGGAAAGAGAAAAGGAGCCAGGCAGACCAAUUCAAAGUAAGAAACAGUAAGGUACCAUUACUAAUGAAAGAGACAGAGAGAAGAAGAGAUGGAAGUUGGCAGAAGGAUAAAUGAUGAGAAAGGAGUGAGAGUUGGUUUUAACGCAGAAUGAUAAAGGUGUGUGUACUUGAAGGGCAAAAAAGUAAGUGUAAGAGUCAGUCGAUCUUUUCUGAGAUUAAUAAUGUUUCAACCUUAGACGUCACCCUUUUAGAAUCCUCUCGUCUUCCGCUGCUGUUUCAGACAGUGACAUUUUUUAAUGGAUCUAUCCAUGCUCCGCCCACAGAUGCGUUCUUCUUGAAAAAUAAUAUUUUAUUCUGUAAUUUCCUAAAACUCUGGGCAAAUUUUACUCUCAACAGAGAGUAAUUAAAGCAGGUUUUGCCUCAGUAAUAAUGAACAGUUUCUUCUUCACACCACUCAGUUGGCUGUGCAGUCUCUGCUUUACCUAAGCCAGUCAUUCAUUGUGGAUUCGCUGUGGAUUCUGUAGUAAAUGUCUCAGCUUUUGAUGCGCUGCACGUAGCUAAAAGUUUAUGCUUACCACAGAUUCCAGAUGAUGCAGUUUCCAAAUAAGCACUAUGCCUGCAGUAAAAAUAAAUGGGGAUUUCUUUUCAGCUCAUCAAGUUCGGCUCAUCACAACAGACAAAAAUGAACAGGUGUUUUGAAACAGAAAGUCAAAGCAAACACUUAUUUUCUCCAAUUAAUGACACAUUUUGUUCAACUAAUGUGUUAUUUUCUCAGAAUUAUGACUUGUUUCUUGACUUAGUCACUAUUUUGACGUACUAUGUCAAAAUCUCAAGAAAAACGAAUGAUUAUUACAACCUAAUGAGUCACAGUUUUAACCAGAAUCAGAGAAGGAUAAAAAUCUUUUUUUCGCCUGCUUGGCUGAAACAGGCUUUCAUACAAAAACCACGUGGGACAAAGGUGUGGAUAUACUGCGCUGGUCAUGGUCACCACGAAAUUGCGCCUGUGUUUGUUUGCAUAAAAUCUCUUAGUAGAUAACCCACGGAAUUGGCCUCCCCCACAAGCGCAAAGUGUCGAUAUAUUGACGAUAAUCAGUAAAUUUGUAAAUCUGCCCCUAAAUGUUUAAAAGUUUGUAGACACCUGCUCAUCCAACACUUCUUCUGAAAUCAAGAAGAUUCUCUUCUCUUCUGGGAAGACUUUGCAGUAGAUAUUAGAACAUUGUUGUGAGUAUUUGGUUGCAUUCAUUCACAAGAGCAUUAGUGAGAUCAGAUACUGAUGUUGGAUGAUUACAGGCAGUUUUGGACAGAUCUAGGUCAGGUAUUGGAUGGAGCUCCAUUACUCUAGAGAAUGCUGUAGCUUCACAGACCAGUGCUGGGGGGCUUUAUAACCCUCUUGCCAACACUUGGCAUUGGUUAUUGUUAUCUUAGGCUCGUGUGCAGCUGCUCCAGAGCAUCCCAUUCGGUUGACAGUGCUUUUCUAUGGAGAUUUCACUAAGUAGCUGAAUUCACUAUUUAGAAGGGGUUUGUGGGCGGAGCAUGAAUAGGUCAACUGAUUAAUGCCAAUUUUUGCCAAUUGUUUCUAAUGAAGCACUACAAGAUUAGGGUUCCACAGCAUCGUUGAACAUUUCAAAUAAGUGUUUAUGUUUGUGUUUAUGUUUUCGUGUUCAGCCUGAUUGAUUUCCAGUGUGCCUUGAGAUGUAUUAUUACUGUAAACUUAAACUGAUUACUGUAGUAGCCCUACAGUAUCAUAAUUUAUAUCACUUGUGCCUACCACCCUGUUUUGAAGAGAGCUUUCAACGGGUAAUUUUGCUCUUGUAAAAACAUAUUUGCAUAAGACGUUUUAAUUAGUAGGUUUGUGAUUGUGGUAAUGAUAAAUGAGGGUAUUGUCACUCUCGCUGCGUUCGUCUUAUCAAGCUGCGUUUUUGGUCUUUAAUUUGCUGCUUUUGUGUUUAGACCAUUCCAAGCAGUAGCGCUUUUGGAUGAAUAUUUUCUGUUCUUGCCAUUUAUAGCUUAUAUCUAAACUGUUAUUUUACAUUCAAGAGCUAAUCUGUAGCUUAGUUUUUUUGUGAUCUCAUGAAAGAUGUUUUGGUAUUUUGCAGUAAAUAAUUGUGCCUUAUCAAU